UGUCCCACUUGAGAAGGCAUUGACGUCUCUGUGCCUUUUCCUCCUGAGUCAGCUGAUUUGUACUCAGUAAUUCAAGAUACACCUUGGUUUCGGCUGAAGAGGAAUGAACUGAAAUGAAGACUUUGAAUGCAUUUAUCUACAGGAGCAAGCUGGGCAUGACUGCAGAGGGUCAUAUGAAGAAAAUUAUGCUGUUGGGUGUUUAGGGAUUGAGCACUAUCCCUGGGAUGAGAAUUCUCUUUGCAGAGCAGAGAGGUCUUUGUGGAACUGUACAAAGUGAUGGUGGUUUGACUUGGGUCAAGACCUUGGUGUAAGCCCACUGCAGAGUUUUACUGCUUUGAAAUAUUUAGACUUGGGGGUGUUACUGCAUGAAUUUUAAAGACAAUAACAAUUUUUACAGGUAAUGCAACGUCACCUUUGCUUAGACAUUAAGCUAAAGAUGUCUGUGUUCUCUGAGACCUUCUGAAAAUUUCUGUGCUUGCUGACCAGUUCUGAACAGAUAUGACAGGGGAAGAGAAGUUUAAAAUGGCCAUAUGUUUUGAGGAAAAGGGAAAGGGCAGAGGAAAAAAAAGCCUUAUUACCAAGAAAGAGACCACAAAUCCUGUGUUAACCACCUGAGAAACCACUUAGUGCACCCUCAAAGACAGAAAGGGAGAACUGGUGAGGAAACUAAAGGAAGAAAAAGCUCCCCAGGUGGAUAUAGACAAAGCUGUAGCAGAGCUAAAAGCUCGAAAAAGGAUCCUAGAAGCAAAGGAGCUGGCCUUACAGCCUAAAGAUGACAUCGUGGACAGAGCUAAAAUGGAAGACACUCUGAAAAGAAGAUUUUUCUAUGAUCAAGCCUUUUCUAUUUAUGGAGGUGUCAGUGGUCUGUAUGACUUUGGGCCUGUUGGGUGUGCUUUGAAGAACAACAUCAUCCAAGCAUGGAGACAGCACUUUAUUCAGGAAGAGCAAAUCCUGGAGAUUGACUGUACCAUGCUUACGCCAGAGCCAGUUCUGAAGACUUCUGGCCAUGUAGACAAGUUUGCUGACUUCAUGGUGAAAGACGUGAAAAAUGGAGAAUGUUUUCGUGCUGAUCAUCUUUUAAAAGCUCACCUGCAAAAGCUUAUGUCUGACAAGAAGUGCACAGCAGAGAAAAAGGCAGAAAUGGAAAAUGUUCUAACACAGUUGGACAAUUAUGGCCAGCAAGAACUUGCAGAUCUCUUUGUGAACUACAACGUGAAAUCACCUGUCACUGGGAAUGACCUGUCCCCUCCUGUUUCUUUCAAUCUGAUGUUCAAGACCUCCAUUGGGCCUGGAGGAAACAUGCCUGGCUAUCUGAGGCCAGAAACUGCACAGGGAAUAUUCCUCAACUUCAAACGUCUCCUGGAGUUUAACCAAGGCAAAUUGCCUUUUGCUGCUGCCCAGAUUGGAAAUUCCUUCAGAAAUGAAAUCUCACCCCGCUCUGGCCUCAUCAGAGUGAGGGAAUUCACCAUGGCGGAAAUUGAGCACUUUGUGGAUCCCAGUGAUAAAAAUCACCCCAAGUUUCAGAAUGUGGCAAAUCUCAACAUCCUCCUGUAUUCUUCCAAGGCCCAGGUCAGCGGACAGUCUGCCCAUGUCAUGCGGCUGGGAGAUGCUGUCCAACAGGGUGUGAUCAAUAACUCCGUUCUUGGUUACUUCAUUGGCAGAAUCUACCUCUUCCUUACAAAGGUCGGCGUAUCCCCGGAGAAGCUGCGCUUCCGACAGCACAUGGAGAAUGAGAUGGCUCAUUAUGCCUGUGACUGCUGGGAUGCAGAGUCCAAAACAUCCUAUGGUUGGAUUGAGAUCGUUGGCUGUGCUGAUCGUUCCUGCUAUGACCUCUCCUGCCAUGCCCGUGCCACCAAAGUUCCUCUUAUAGCUGAGAAGCCUCUCAAAGAACCUAGAACAGUCAAUGUUGUUCAGUUUGAGGCAAAUAAGGGAGCCAUUGGCAAGGCUUAUAAGAAGGAUGCAAAGGUGGUGAUGGAAUACCUUUCUGUCUGUGAUGAGUGUUACAUCACUGAAAUGGAGCAGCUGCUCAAUGAGAAAGGGGAAUUCACUGUUGAAACUGAAGGGAAAACUUUUAAAUUAACAAAUGACAUGGUUACUGUGAAGAGAUUUCAGAAGACAUUACAUGUGGAAGAAAUCAUCCCAAAUGUAAUUGAACCCUCCUUUGGUAUUGGGAGGAUCAUGUACACAGUGUUUGAACACACGUUCCACAUCCGGGAGGGAGAUGAGCAGCGAACGUUCUUCAGCUUCCCAGCUGUUGUAGCACCAUUCAAGUGCUCCGUUCUUCCUCUAAGCCAGAAUCAGGAAUUCAUGCCUUUUGUCAAGGAGUUAUCUGAAGCUCUCACCAGGAACAGCAUCUCUCACAAGGUGGACGACUCGUCGGGGUCCAUCGGCCGGCGCUAUGCCCGCACGGACGAGAUUGGUGUGGCCUUCGGCAUCACCAUUGACUUCGACACGGUGAACCGGACGCCGCACAGUGCCACCCUGCGUGACCGUGACUCCAUGCGCCAGGUCCGCGCUGAGAUCUCUGAGCUUCCCGCCAUCAUUCGUGACCUGGCCAACGGUUAUCUCACAUGGGCUGACGUGGAGGCAAAGUAUCCACAGUUUGAGGGACAAGAGACUGGCAAAAAGGACACAAUAGAGGAAUAAAGAAAAGGACCUGAAGGAAAACCCCGUCAAAUGUCCACUUUUUACUGUUCAUGUUAAUAUGAAAUAAACUCAUCAUGUGUUAUUCCAGGCUGCAUUGUUUGUGCACACAGGGACUAUCGUGUUUGGGGUGUUUUUUCCUCAAUGGCUGCCUGGUUUUAAAAAACUGAAAUAACUGCAGUCCAAGUGAAAGGUGUUACAAAUAAAGACACCAUUAUCUCUG